GGACGGCUUGUGACUAUGGCUGCGGCGGCAGGAGGCGGUCCCGGAGCGGCGGCGGGCGCCGUGGGUGCAGGAGGCGCGGGGACGGCUGCGGGGCUGGCGGUUUAUCGGCGGAAGGACGGGGGCCCGGCCAGCAAGUUUUGGGAGAGCCCGGACACCGUGUCCCAGCUGGAUUCGGUGCGAGUGUGGCUGGGCAAGCACUACAAGAAGUAUGUCCAUGCAGAUGCUCCUACCAAUAAAACACUGGCUGGACUGGUAGUUCAGCUUCUACAGUUCCAGGAAGAUGCCUUUGGGAAGCACGUCACCAACCCGGCCUUCACCAAGCUCCCUGCAAAAUGUUUCAUGGAUUUCAAAGCUGGAGGUACCUUGUGUCACAUUCUUGGAGCUGCUUAUAAGUACAAAAAUGAACAGGGAUGGCGAAGAUUUGAUCUACAGAAUCCAUCCCGAAUGGAUCGGAAUGUUGAAAUGUUUAUGAACAUUGAAAAAACCUUAGUGCAGAACAAUUGUCUGGCCAGACCAAACAUCUACCUCAUUCCAGACAUUGAUCUGAAGAUGGCAAAUAAAUUGAAAGAUAUCAUCAAACGGCAUCAGGGGACAUUUACUGAUGAGAAGUCAAAAGCCUCCCACCAUAUUUAUCCAUAUUCUUCCUCACAAGAGGACGAAGAAUGGUUGAGACCAGUGAUGAGAAAAGACAAGCAGGUGCUAGUACACUGGGGCUUUUACCCAGACAGCUAUGAUACUUGGGUCCAUAGUAAUGACGUUGACGCUGAAAUUGAAGAUCCACCCAUUCCAGAAAAGCCAUGGAAGGUUCAUGCAAAAUGGAUUUUGGACACUGAUGUUUUCAACGAAUGGAUGAAUGAGGAAGAUUAUGAAGUGGAUGAGAACCGGAAGCCAGUGAGUUUUCGCCAGCGAAUUUCAACAAAGAAUGAAGAGCCAGUCAGAAGUCCAGAAAGGAGAGAUAGAAAAGCAUCAGCUAAUGCCCGGAAAAGGAAGCACUCCCCUUCGCCUCCCCCUCCCACACCCACAGAGUCCCGGAAGAAGAGUGGAAAGAAAGGACAAGCUAGCCUUUAUGGGAAGCGGAGAAAUCAGAAAGAGGAAGAUGAGCAAGAAGAUCUCACCAAGGACAUGGAAGACCCAACACCUGUACCUAAUAUUGAGGAAGUUGUACUUCCAAAAAAUGUAAACCCAAAGAAAGAUAGUGAAAAUACACCCGUUAAAGGAGGAACUGUAGCAGAUCUAGAUGAGCAGGAUGAAGAAGCUGUCACAACAGGAGGAAAGGAAGAUGAAGAUCCUAACAAGGGGGAUCCAAGUCGAUCAGUUGACCCUGGCGAAGAUAAUGUGACAGAGCAAACUAAUCACAUCAUUAUUCCCAGCUAUGCCUCAUGGUUUGAUUAUAACUGUAUUCACGUGAUUGAGCGGCGUGCUCUUCCUGAGUUUUUUAAUGGAAAGAACAAAUCCAAGACUCCAGAAAUAUAUUUGGCAUAUCGAAAUUUCAUGAUUGACACAUAUCGUCUAAACCCCCAAGAAUAUUUAACGAGCACUGCUUGUCGAAGGAACUUGACUGGAGAUGUUUGUGCUGUGAUGAGGGUUCACGCCUUCUUAGAGCAGUGGGGGCUUGUUAACUACCAAGUUGACCCGGAAAGUCGACCAAUGGCAAUGGGACCUCCUCCUACUCCUCACUUCAAUGUAUUAGCUGAUACGCCUUCUGGGCUUGUGCCUCUGCAUCUUCGCUCACCUCAGGUCCCUGCUGCUCAGCAGAUGCUAAAUUUUCCUGAGAAGAAUAAGGAAAAGCCAAUUGAUUUGCAGAACUUUGGUCUUCGAACUGACAUCUACUCUAAGAAAACAUUAGCAAAGAGUAAAGGUGCUAGUGCUGGAAGAGAGUGGACUGAACAGGAGACCCUUCUGCUCCUGGAGGCCUUGGAGAUGUACAAGGAUGAUUGGAAUAAAGUGUCAGAACAUGUUGGAAGUCGAACUCAGGAUGAAUGCAUCCUACACUUUUUGAGGCUUCCCAUUGAGGACCCAUACCUUGAAAAUUCAGAUGCAUCCCUUGGGCCUCUAGCUUACCAGCCUGUCCCUUUCAGCCAGUCCGGAAACCCGGUUAUGAGCACUGUUGCUUUUCUGGCAUCUGUGGUGGAUCCUCGUGUGGCUUCAGCAGCAGCCAAAGCAGCUUUGGAGGAGUUUUCUCGCGUCAGGGAGGAAGUACCAUUGGAAUUGGUUGAAGCUCAUGUGAAGAAAGUUCAGGAAGCUGCACGAGCCUCUGGGAAGGUGGAUCCCACUUACGGGUUGGAAAGCAGCUGUAUUGCUGGUACUGGGCCCGAUGAGCCAGAGAAGCUUGAGGGAACUGAGGAGGAAAAGAUGGAAACAGAUCCUGAUGGACAGCAGCCUGAGAAGGCAGAAAACAAAGUGGAAAAUGAAACAGAUGAAGGUGAUAAAACCCAAGAUGGAGAAAAUGAGAAGAACAGUGACAAGGAACAAGAUAGUGAAGUUAGUGAGGAUAUCAAAACAGAAGAAAAGGAGACUGAAGAAAACAAGGAACUCACUGAUACAUGUAAGGAAAGAGAAAAUGAUACCGGGAAGAAGAAAGUAGAACACGAAAUUUCUGAAGGAAAUGUUGCCACAGCCGCAGCAGCUGCUCUCGCCUCAGCUGCUACCAAAGCCAAGCACCUGGCUGCUGUGGAAGAAAGAAAGAUCAAAUCACUGGUAGCUCUCCUGGUUGAAACACAGAUGAAGAAACUUGAGAUCAAGCUUCGACAUUUUGAAGAGCUGGAAACUAUCAUGGACAGAGAGAAAGAGGCUCUAGAACAGCAGAGGCAGCAGUUGCUUACAGAGCGCCAGAACUUCCACAUGGAGCAACUGAAAUAUGCUGAAUUACGAGCCCGGCAGCAAAUGGAGCAGCAGCAACAUGGCCAAAACCCUCAGCAAGCACAUCCGCACUCAGGAGGACCUGGCAUGGCCCCAAUGGGAGCAGCAGGGCACCCAGGCAUGAUGCCUCAUCAGCAGCCCCCUCCCUACCCUCUGAUGCACCAUCAGAUGCCACCACCCCAUCCCCCCCAGCCAGGUCAGAUACCAGGCCCAGGUUCCAUGAUGCCUGGGCAGCCCAUGCCGGGUCGCAUGAUUCCCACUGUCGCAGCCAACAUCCACUCCACGGGAAGUGGCCCUGCCCCUCCUGGUAUGCCUCCAAUGCCUGGAAACAUCCUAGGACCCCGGGUACCCCUCACAGCACCAAAUGGCAUGUAUCCUCCUCCACCACAGCAGCCGCCGCCACCAACCCCUGCAGACGGGGUUCCUCCGCCUCCUGCUCCAGGCGCACCAGCCUCCGCCACUCCUUAGCCGGGAAGAUGCAGGGAGCCGCUACGGCCACCACGAGCUGAAGUGGGCAUGGCAAGACUUGGGUCUCAGCUUCCUUGAGUUUCGUUCAGGAUUUUCCUUCUCACAGCCCCAAGCAUGCAUCCUGUGUCUCGCCACUCCUGUUGCCACCCUGUCUUUGCUUUGACACUUCUGUGUCAGGUCCUCAGACGACACUCAAGGGGAACCCUGUGGGGUAACUGUGCCCUGGUCAUUCUAAAAAUAACACGUGUCUCCCCAGUCCUGGUGUGUUGGGUGUUGACAGUUUAUCUGCAGGUCCUAUGUCUUUAUUGCUUUGUCUCUACUGCAGGUUUCCUUAAUGCUUCUAUGCAUAAUCCUAUAUAAUUACUCCCCCCCCCCCCCCGUUAUGAUUGUUUUAAAGGAGAGCAUCCUAUCUUAGUAGGAACCAAAACAGAGAAAACAAAUGGUGAUGGGCAGGAGACAGCCACAGGGGAUACACCUUAAGGCAUUAUAAGUGACCUUAUUUCUGCUUAUCUGAGCUAAGAAUGGUGCUGCUGGGGAAGUUUGACCAUACAUAUAUGCACCUGAAUUAAAAGAGCUGGGGCCUGGUGUGGUGGCGCCUUUAAUCCCAGCACCUGGGAAGCAAAGGUAGGAGAAUCGCCUUGAGUUCGAGGCCAGCCUGAGAAUACAUAGUGAAUUCCAGGUCAGCCUGAGCUGGAGGGAGACCCUGCCUCAAAAAACCAAAAAAAAAAAAACAAAAAACAAAACUGGGUAACUGGGGAAGGAGUAACUCAUUGAUUAUCUUCCCUAGUGAGGACUGUGGGGUUCUCCAUCCCACCUGGCAGAGCAUAGAACCUAGUGUUCAGUAGGGGAGCACCUAACUGUUAGGACAAACCUGCUCCUCCGCAGACACACCCACUCUGGUGUCUGUGUGGGGGAGUUGCUGGAUUGGUGCCUGGGGUUGUCUGUCCUGGUGAGGUGCGCUCUGAGGGCUUGGAAUUUGGGGAGGCCUGCCUUCAUUCCCUAGACUUCCAGGAAAGUUGAAGGAGUUCAAGGCAGUGCUCAUCCCCCAAGAAUCAAGCCUGCUGUUCACUGCUUUAUAUGCAUUCAUUCUCCAAUCCCUCCUUAGGGGUAGAAAAAAAAGUUAGAAAACAAAAAAAGGUUAAGUAGGUAGUUCUUUUAGCUCACGGAACCUGGGUAGGCUGGCUGGGGUUACAGGUCCCUAAAUGACCUCCUGCAGUAGCCAGAGUGACUGGAAUUCCUAGAAGCGGUACUUUAGGGUCAGAAUGGGUUUGGGAAAGUGGGCUGCUCCCGUAUCUUCUACUUUCCCUUCUUGGGAUCUCACAUCUGUCACAGGGUUGUCAAGGAGGUGUGAAGGUACCAUAGACCUCAUUUGGCUCCAGAGCAUUAUGAUAGGAAGGUGGGGCCAUUUCAGAGGAAGAGCCACAAAAAUGCCUUAACUUGAGCCCUUCUCUACCCCUGCUGAAGCGUGAUUUGAAAAUUCUUGGUUUUGUCUUCCUGCCCUUCCCUCUCCUUCCUUGAGUAACCCGUGGGUGUUUUAGGCAGAGUUUCACAUUCUUAAGUGGCAGUUUGAACUAUUUACAAUCAAGGUGUAGAACAUCUUUUAGAUAAAUUUUUUCUGUAUAUUUCCUACAUCUUUACAUACGACAGAGUAUAGGGAAGUAUUUGUAAACACCUUAGAACUUUCCCCUUAAUAUCAAAAAGCAAAAAAUUAGUAAACAAAACCACAAUUGAAUUUUGCCUUUCAGGCCCUCAGGUUUGUCUCUAACCAGGUGGCCCUGGUCACCGUCAAGAGUACUGGAAUUCUGGUACCAAGCAGACGCUUGGGUGACAGUGGAAAUGAGCCUGUUUCUACUGGAGUUGACUUCCCACUCUGCCUCCAGAAUAACCCCAGUGCCUUUUGAUGGCCAGGGUUUUCUUACUUCUCCUCAGUCUCUCCCAAAGGAACUUCACUCCAAAUGCUCAGCUUAGCCCUGGAGUCCUCAGAGAAUGAAAUUCCGGUUCAUAAUGUGGUCCUUUGUAACCUCAGGUCUUUAAUGUGAUCACUUUCCAACUUAAGAGAUCCAGAUGGAAAUAUUUGUACUAUGCUGGUAAUCUAUAAAAUACCUGAUUCCACACUGUUCUGUUUCAGUAGAAGUGGUAACUUUUUGUAUGUCUUUCAUCUGGUUUCAUUCCUGUAAUACAGCCAUCCAAUUUUGUGAGGUGGGGAAUAAUAAUAAGGCUUUUGUACAAACAUGUUUCUCAGUGUGUUAUUUUGAAAACAUGAGGGGGAGGGAGUUUUGAGACAUUUGGAAGAAAUGACUGAAAGUGGCUUACUAUUCUUUUUUCAUUGAAUAAAUGUAAUACCAUUUCUGAA